AUGGAAAAGGGGGCGCAGGAGGAACCCCCCCGGGAGCAGCACCGCCUCCUGCAUCCCGCGGCUUGGCAGGGCACUCCCCGCAUGGACCACCUUCUCCUGCACUCUCUACCGGGACACGGGGCCAGGGACUCCCACCUUCUGCUCUUCCCCUCUAAGCAGGGUCCCCAGCACCACCUCCUGCACCCCCUAUCCCCCAAGCAAAAUGCCUUGCACAGGGAGCAGAAGCCCCCACUGUCUGGGGAAGGCGCCUCCUGUAAAGAGCAGCAGCUACAUAUCUUGGAGGACCAGGCUUGUUUUGGCAGGCAGGUCGCCCAGCCUGUCAUUGGGUUGGAACCUGGGGAUUCUGAAAAGCAGCACCAAGAGGAAGAAAACAGUUUGCACAAGGUGUUGCAAGUGAAAACUGAAGAGCAGGAGAGCCUGUCCCUCUUGACAGGUAGCAGCAGCAAGAAAAAGAGAGGGGAACUCAAAGCUGCUGCAAAUCAUGGAGGAGGGAAGGAGGAUGGCAGCAGCAAUUUGAAGGCAGGAGGGGAAAUCCAGUUGGGGAAAGUAGAAGAGCCAGAGGAGAUCAAGAAAGAGGGAGACAGGAAAGAAAAUUGUGAUGCCAAAGCCUUGGUUUCUGGAAUUGAAGGUGCCAUCAAAACUGAACUGGUGGAGCCUCCUGAGGAGGACUGCAAGGGGAGGGAAGAGGCGGCAUCCAAGCCUCAUCCAUCCUCCAACGGCCCAGCUCAUGUCAGCAAAGAUGUUAGUUUGCCUCAACCUCUUGGGGCACAGCAACCGCAAGAGCUGAAGAUUCCCGUUACACUCCAUCCAGUCCCUCCAGGGACUAGAAUCCAGUUUCAGGGGCCUCCUCCAUCUGAGCUCAUAAGAGUGACUAAAGUGCCAGUGGCUCAAGUACCCCUUAAAAUGCAGUCCUUGCUCGAGCCUUCAGUGAAAAUUGAAACUAAAGAUGUGCCUCUCACAGUGCUACCUUCAGAUGCAGGGAUACCAGAUACUCCAUUUAGCAAAGAUAGAGAUGGUCAUGUCAAGCGUCCUAUGAAUGCAUUUAUGGUAUGGGCAAGAAUUCACCGACCAGCAUUAGCCAAAGCUAACCCUGCUGCGAAUAAUGCAGAAAUAAGCGUUCAGCUUGGAUUGGAGUGGAACAAGCUAACAGAAGAGCAAAAGAAGCCUUAUUAUGAUGAAGCUCAGAAGAUUAAAGAAAAGCACAGAGAAGAAUUUCCUGGUUGGGUUUACCAACCACGGCCUGGCAAAAGGAAGCGGUUUCCAUUGACAGUAUCUACUGUUUUCUCUGGCACUACUCAGAAUAUCAUUGCAACUAGCCCAAUGACAGCCUCCACUGUCUUUACUGGGACAUCUCAGAAUAUUAUUACUACAAAUCCAACUACCAUUUACCCUUUCCGAUCACCUACCUAUUCUGUGGUCAUACCCAACGUACAGAACAGCAUUGGACACCCAGUCUGUGAAGCCCCUUCUACUAUCCAGCUGCCAGCUCCUUCUGCUCAGCAUCCAGGCCCUAUUACGCUGUUCCAGUCAAGUGUAGGAAGCACAGCACCACUGGCUGCCCCUACCGCAAACCUGCCAAUUCGCCCCGUGCUUCAGCCUCAGCGCUUUGCUGCACCUUCACCUGCAGAAGCUCACCAUGUAUCUUCAGGAACAAAUUGCUCUGUAAAGAGACCUGCACAGAUUUCGAUUGAGAACACCAGCAGGAACGCAAAUAAUACAAGCACCACACAUCCCAGAUACAGUGUUUCAAAUAGCCAAGCCCCUAAGGAGUACUCAGGUGUUUCUUCUUGUUCUAGAAAUGGACCUAUUCCGCAGGCGCCCCCCAUUCCCCACCCACAUGUCUACCAGCCUCCUCCCAUCGGUCAUCCAGCCACUCUGUUUGGAGCACCUCCUCGAUUUUCAUUUCAUCAUCCUUACUUUUUACCUGGACCCCAUUAUUUCCCAUCAAGCACGUGUCCGUACAGUCGUCCUCCAUUUGGCUAUGGAAAUUUUCCCAGCUCCGUGCCCGAAUGCCUUGGCUUUUAUGAAGACCAGUAUCAAAAGCACGAGGCAAUGUUUUCUGCUCUGAACAGAGACUAUCCUUUUAGAGAGUACCCUGAUGAGCACACACAUAGCGAAGACUCCCAUAGCUGCGAGAGCUUGGAAGGGACAUCCUACUACAGCAGCCACAGUCAGACUGAAGAGGAAUACUUAAACCCUAUGCCACAGCUGGACAUUGGGGCCCUUGAGAAUGUUUUUACAGCAACCCCAUCCACACCCUCUAGUGUACAGCAAGUCAAUGUGACUGAUAGUGAUGAUGAGGAAGAAGGAAAGGUGUUGAGAGAUUUGUAA